GGUAAAUUAAGUUAAAAAUUGUAAAAAUCAAAAUCUAAAGUUGAAAGUUAAAAUCGAGCAUAAAUCCUGCCUUGAAUGCUUAUCGGACCUGAUAAAUUUAGAUAUUGAUCGUAUUCGUUGUUAUCUCGUUCAUUAAAGCAAGUGUAAUUUUGCUGUUGUGCUGAUAAAGCUUUAAAAAGUGGUGUUAAAAGUGCUAUAAUUGUAAUGUGAAUGUGAAGUGAAAGUACAAUAAAUAGCCAAAUAGUCAUGGAUGAAUUUCAACCUGUUGAACGACUCGAAUGCAGUCCAACGAACAGCAUGUAUGAGCAAUUUGUAGAAAAGAAUUUUGAUGAAUAUGUUCAAAGUCCAAAAAAGGGCGAUAAAAAUAAUGGGUACGAGGUGCUGUAUCAAAACAUGAAGCAUGGCGUAACGGCUAGUAAGGAAUUGAUGGAAUAUUUUAAAGAGCGAUCGAAUCUCGAUGAACACAAUUCGAAGGUGCUUUUAAAGCUCGCUCACAAAGUGGGCUCGAGUGGUGCGAGUGGAACUUUUUCACCAUUAUUAAUCAUUCUAAAGACAUCAGCGGAGCGUCUCUCAGAGCUUCAUACGCAAAUGAUGCAAAAGACAACGGAACUUGUGAAAAAUAUUUUAAAAUAUGCCGAUGAACUUCACAAGAAGCACAAAACGGUGAAGGAAGAGGAAUCGAGUACACAAGAUGCUGUACAUCAAAUGAAAGAGUCAACAACUGCUGUACAAAAGGCAAAGGAUUUAUAUCAAUCACGUUUACAAGAAUUAGAAAAGUUACGUCGCGAUAAUGGCUCAGCGAAAGAUAUCGAAAAGGCUGAGACGAAACUCAAGAAGAACCAAGAAGAAUACAAGAAUUUGGCAGAGAAACAUAAUCCAAUCAAACAAGAGUUCGAACAACGUAUGGCAGCGACAUGCAAGCGAUUCCAAGAUAUUGAGGAAGCUCACCUUAAGCAAAUGAAGGAGUUUAUCAUGAUGUAUAUUGAGAUUGUGCAGAAUAAUCAUGAUUUAGUAGGACAGGUUCAAUCAGACUUUAAACGUCAAUUCUUAGACUUAACCGUUGAUAAGUUAUUAGAGCAGUUUGUUUUAAAUAAAUAUACAGGACUUGAAAAGCCCGCCAAUAUUGAUGUGGAAUUGAGUCCAUCACAGACAUCGCAAAAUUUAAUCGACACAUCGGUGUCAUCACCUGCAAACGAUUCACAUGGAAUGACAAUCAACACUAUGAUGAAUCUAACAUUUGAGACGCAACAAGUGCAACAACAACAACAACAGAUAACAAGUGGUAAGAAAGAAACUUAUUUGCUUAGCUGGUUUACAUCAUCGGCAUCGACCACAUCAGCGUCAAUGAAUAACACAUCAGUUGUAUCGGCAACAAGUUCAUCAUCAGCAAUAACAGCCAGUCCACCGACAAUAGCUCCACGAUUUAAUGCGAACGCAAAUGAGUUUGAAAACUCACAACAUGACGACUCGUCAUCGCCAAUUUCUGGAUUUUUGCGGAGUAGACGUGAUAAAAAGCCGUCAAAAAAGAAAGAUAAGAAGAAGAAAGAUGGCGAAACGAAUAGCACGAAAGAGGAAGCUAAAUCUGACGGAGAAGAGAAAGAUGAUACGUUGUCUGCAAUAUCAGGUGGUUCACUGAAACCAGAAAUAUCUGGACAUCCAACAACAACAUCCAAUGCUACGGUUACAACGCCAACACUUACGGCAUCUUCAAUUACGGGAAAUACAGUUCCAACUGCCACGCCCGAGGUCGAUGAGGACGAAUACAGUGUUAAGCCACAAGAUAAUUCAUGGAAUAAGAAUACAUCGCCACAGAAAAAUAAAUUUUAUUCGAGUUCCGAUAGCGAUAGUGACGAUGAAAUUGAAAGGAAAAUUCAUGUUGAAAUUAAGCCACUUAAUAACGGAACAGCUCCAAUUUCAGCGUCUGUUGAUGAGCUACGAGCAACUGUCGAGAAUUUAUCGCUUUCUCCAAUCGGUGCUUUAUCGAAUUUGAAUUCGUUCAAAGAGCGAAGAAGUAAUUCGCAGAACGAAAAUGAUCGGAUGAAGAGAUCUCAAUCAAUGUCACAGCAAAUGGCUGAUAAGGCAAAUAGUGACGUUUUGAGUCUUAAUCAUGUUUUUCAGCAACACCACCAGAGUCCGAUAGCAUCGAAUGCCAGCACACCAACAACAGCUCAUCCAUAUGCGCCUUUGCAGAGUCCAACACUGUCGAUGACGAACAAUUCUGCUAUCAAUCGAUAUGCAGAUCUCGACAUUUUCUCAGAAGUGGGUGACAUUUCAUCAGCACCAGCAUCAGCUAAUUUAUCGAAACUCAAUCGUCAAAUUCCAACUCCAAACUCGUCAAUUGCAAUUCCAAGACCACCAUCAAGGCGCUCAGAACAAAUUCGAGCGGGCCGUGUAUCGCCGGCUAUGGCUCGAGCUGAUAGUGUAGGAAGUUUAGAGUUUAGAGCAACAGUUAGUGCUAAUUUAGGCAGUCGUGGACCAUCACCAUUAACUAUAGGCAUGAGCGAUACAAUACCACUUGCAAUAGCUUUCCAUGAGAUUAUUCAUGCAUAUUUUAAAGGAAGUGAUGAAUCUCGUUGUCAAGUAAAAAUGUCUGGUGAUAUGAUGCUGUCAUUUCCAGCUGGAAUUGUGAAUGUACUCGCUAAUAAUCCAAACCCAGCUAAAUUAUGCUUCCGUAUUAAGAACGUUCAGAAUCUCGAAAAUAUUUUGCCAAAUAAGCAACUCAUUAAUGUUGACAAGUCAGCGUCAAAUACGGUACUAGAGUUCAACAUGCCAGCUUUAACACUCCUCCUUCGUCGUCAGUCCGAACAAAAUCCAACAGCUUCAUACUUUAAUGUGGAUAUUUUGAAAUACACAAUUAAAAGUAAAACUGGUGCUCAAUCCUGCCCAUUUCAACUGGUUUCAUAUUGGAAAUGUGAACCAUCGCAUACGGAUAUUAAGAUUGAUUAUAAAUACAAUAAUCAUGCAAUGGCUUCUGCAUCACCAUUAUUGAAUGUGUCGAUAUCGGUUCCAGUUGAUGGUGGCGUUCGUAAUGUGCAAUCUAAGCCUCACUCAGCAUGGUUGGGUGAAUCUAAUAAGCUCGUUUGGAACUUUACUGAUAUUUCGCAACAUUCUGAUAAUGGCGGCAUUGAUACGCUAAGGGCGCGACUAGAAGUCUCAAAUGGUCCAUCAACACCAUCAAUUCUUACAACACAAUUUAAUUGUGAAGGAACGACAUUGUCGGGAAUUGAUUUUGAAUUAACUGGUACUGGAUAUAGGAUAUCACUGGUUAAACGAAGAUUUGUUGCUGGUAAAUAUAUCUGUGAAGGAGACGGUAUUAGGAACAUUAAAACACCAACACCUCCAUCAGUAACAUCGCCGAGUUUACGUAAGAUAGCAAAAACUUACCGUAAAUCCAAAUGUAUUCUUAUUCUAAAUAAAUAUAAAAAUAAGAAAAAGGUCGUUAUUAAGCAAACAAGACGAGGAUGGACGUUACGAGAGGAACCUGCAGAUAUAUUAAAAAGAGAGAAAUUUUCGAGUGCCUAUUAA